AGGCGUCAAAUUUAAGAAUGAAUGCAAAACUGGUAUAUGCAAUACUUUUGGCAGUUUUAAGUGUUUUUAUAGUACUUAUCAAUUCCUUAUGUGUCAACGUUAUCAUGACGUCUAAGCGUCUCUUGCAAAAUCCACCAACGCUUUUGAUUGCAAAUCUUAUUGCAGUUCAUUUGAUCCAAGGAUUAAUUGUGGUACCUUUAUACGCAAUUGAUAUGUUUUAUGUAAAUAAAUGGGCUUGUGAUUUUUAUCGGUUUUCUUCUAUGCUUACAUUUUAUGGAUCAUGCAUUGGUGUUGCUUUGCUUAGCAUUGAUAGAUUGCUAGCGAUCAAAAUGCUAACAUCAUACCACCUUACUGUUACCAAAACCCGUGUUAUAAAGUUGAUUAUAUUUAGUUGGAUAUAUAUUGGUGGACUUUGUUUAAUUCCGUUUCUUCCAUUAAAAAUGGCUAAACCUAUCCUUCUAACAAAACAAUGUAGCUACAAUCAACCUAAAAUUUGGUCCAUUUUAAUGCUAGUGGUUAAUGCAUUUUUGAUUUACCUGUUUGUUGUAUUUUCUUACAUUUUAAUCCGUCGAAAGUUAAUCAAAAUAUGUACUUUUUUAAACAAAUCAACCAGUAACAAUCAGUAUGUUAGUAGUAUCAAAUCAACAAGGUCGCUAAAUUUUUCUAAAACUACUUUACUAGUCUUGUGGUUAGUUUUGUGUUACGCAAUCACCUGGGCACCGACAAUUGUUUACUUGCUCGUUCAACAUUUUGAGUUGGCUCCAUCUUUUUUUAAUGAAAAGUUCUAUAAAUCGAGUAUAGGCGAAAUACUUACUUUUUUUGUGAAAUAUGUUAAUUUCAUUGAUGCAAUCAUUGCUCCCAUCAUAUAUUGCUUCAAUCAUCAAGAGUUUCAAUUAAAACUUAAAGCUAAAGUUAGGAAACUUUCAAAGAAGAAAAAGAAGAAGUGCAUUACUAGCGAGAGUGAUAUAGAUUUUAAAAAUAUUUCUUUAUCAACAUUAGCUCAAAGUUGCAAUGCUUCAACAAACUCAGUUUUGCAAUAAAGUAAUUUUAUUUAUGAUUGAUACAGCAUAAUUAUAACUGAUACAACAUAAUUAUUGAGUUAAAAUGAUAUUUUUAAGAGAACAUUGUGUAGUCAGCAUAAGUAAUAUUUACUAAGUUGCAACUAGAAUUACAUCAUUUGAGUACCACUUUAUCAACUUUUUUUUUUUCAACAACUGUUUGUUUUUUGAUAACUAAAACGAUUUUGAUGGCUCUUAGUUAAACAAAGUCAUUUAAAAUUUCAUGUUAAUAUUUGGCUCCAUAGCGUUAACUUAAAAAUACCGGUUACUGGUUAUUAAUAAAUGUCGAAAAUCGUUACUAGAAGUCAUCCAUAACCAGCGGAACCCCAUCAAAUACAAUUAGCGGUUAUCAACCAUAAGUUGUAGUGAUUUUUUUAAACCUCAAAUGCCAGCUACUAAUAAAGGUGACGCAAAACUGAAUAGGUCGCUUAUGCUUUCGGCAAAACUGUAUAGAUUGCUUAUGCUUUAUUUAUUAUUUUUCUAUUUGAAUUUUAUGAUAUAUUUUGCUAAACAGUUUUUCAUAUCCGAAGAUAUAUUUGACUUAGAAUAGAAACAGCAACCAAUUGUCAUUAAGAUUAACCCAA